UCUCCGUCUCAUCAAAGCAAAAAUCCCUCUUUUCAGUCUCUCUGCAAAAAUCACCAUGGAAGACGAGCAUAUGUUAGACCUAGACCAAGAAGAAGGUGGAGUUCCAACACUCAACCUAGAUGCAAACUCAGACCUAUGUGAAGAAUUAAUGAAACGUUAUGGCAAAUCAGGAGCAAUACAACACCGCCAUCUCUGUGCAUCAGCUUCAGCUAUGAGAAUAGUACUCAAAGAAGAAGGUUUACCUCUAACUCCACUAUCUUAUUUCGCCGCUACUAUCUCCGCCAUAGACGACACAGUCUCUUCCUUCUCCUCAUCAUCUGAAAAUUCUUCUUCAUCAUUUGAUUCCAAAGCUACUUCUUCACUUACUUCGUUUCUGUCAAUCUUACUUCCUUUAAUUCCAUAUGAAUCGUUACCUUCUUCGAAAGCUAAUGAUGCUGUUACUGUUCUUGUUUCGUUGUUGAAAAUACCUAAAGUUGCUCAAUCACCAGCUACGAUUCGUUCUGUGAUUAAAUCGUUAGGGUUUUUGAUUAAACUGUGUGAUUUUGAAGCUUGGAAUUUUGGUAAAUCGAUUUUCGAGAUGAUUUUGGAGUUUUCAAUUGAUAAACGGCCGAAAGUGAGGAAAUGUGCACAAGUCUGUGUUGAGGAGAUUUAUAAAUCUGUUCAAUGUACUAACGUUGUGAAUGAGGCGAGUGACUUGUUUUAUUCGACGAUGUUUUACAAGUACUUGCCGUUUGCAAUAGCUAUAGCAUGGUCUAAGGUUGAAAUUACAAAGGAUUCGGAACUGGCGGAGGAGUUGAAGCUGAUGGAGUCUGUACAUAUGUUGAGUGUGCUUAAGAUAAUUGUGCUGUAUUUGUCGAAUGAUGUUGUUUCGAAAGUUAUGUCGCAGUUUCAUAAGGUCAUGGGUUGUAAGUAUUCAUUACUUACUAGACAUAAUUUUGCUUUUCUUGAAGUAAUUUUGGAGUUUUCGAAGGUGGAGGAAAUUGUUGUUCCGAAGACGGAGAUUAUCAUCUUUGGGCUUGGGAACUAUGUAUCGCCUAAAGAGAGUAACCCGGCUGAUACUAUAUUGGCUGCGUGUGUUUUGUUGAAAAAGUGUAUUGACAAGCUUUAUGCCGCCGAUAAGCGGAACAUUUGGGUAAUAAAUCUUCCAUUGGUGUUUGAACCUAUAGCGGGUGUUGUAGGCGCUGGUCUUAGUGUUUCUGGAGAUGCCGUUGGUAUCUUGAAAGAAGUGGUAAAUCAACACAUUGAUGAUGGCCUAAAGACUUCUGCGUCAAAUGGAACUCUUGCAAGUGAUGAUGAUAAACUCAAGGGUACACCAGAAUCCAAGGCACUGCAAUCGAUUUGUGAUGCGGUUUUUAUGAUGCGGCUUACUAACUCUGAUGGGGAGCUUAAUGAGAACAUCUUGGCAGUAAUAUCGAAUGUGUUCGUAAAGCUAGGUGAGUUGUCAUACUUCUAUUUGAAAGAUGUUGUCCAUAAACUUGCAGAACUACUAAGAGUUGCAAACGGAGACACGACCAGGUCAAAGUACCAACACCUUGAAGAGUGCUUUGGGUCUGCUGUCAUCGCUAUGGGGCCAGAGAAGAUCCUGACAUUACUACCCGUUUCCUUCGAUGAAGAAGAGCUCACCAGUUUAAACAUCUGGAUUCUGCCUAUUUUAAAAAAGUAUGUUAUUGGAUCAUCAUUGGAGUAUUAUAUGGAUCACAUUAUCCCCCUAGUGGAACCUCUUAAGCAAGCCUGUAAAACAGUAACGAAGUCUCGUGUUAGGAAGAAGCUGCAGGCUGCCAUCCGUGCAUUCUGGGACUUGUUACCUGCUUUCUGUCGCUAUCCUACAGAUACUCACAAGAAAUUUAAAGCUCUGUCCAAGCUUCUUUUACGUUUUAUCAAGGAAGAAGAAUCUAUGCAUGAAAAUGUAUGCUUAGCUCUGCAGCAACUUGUGAACCAAAAUAGAAGUAUAGUUAAAUCUACUCAAGGCUUAGAAGACUCCUCUGAACAACCAACUACUUCCACCAUCAAUGAGUCAAUAGCUGAAUCUCGGAAUGUACCCGCUCAUUACACAAAGAAAGUUGCGAAAAAGAAUAUCAAGGCUUUGGCAUCACGCUCUGUUGAUUUGCUUCAGGCUCUUACUGAUGUAUUUUUGGAUUCUCCUCUAGAGAAACGCAAAUAUUUGAAGGAGGCAAUUGGAUGCUUGGCAUCUAUCACUGAAAUCAUAGAAGUAAAAAAGAUUUUCAUUUCGUUAUUAGAGAAGAUCCAGUCCAAAUCUGGAACUGAAAUAUCAGGGGAAUUAGAGAAUCAAGGAGGAAACAUGAAGGUAGACGAGCAGGAAGCACAAAGGUGCGUGAUAAUGGAGUUUGCAUCAGCACUUCUUAUAGGAGCUAGUGAGGAUCUUGUAGAUAUAAUUUUCGACUAUAUAACACCUGCAUUGCAAGAUGAGGGGAUUGUUCUGUACUCAGCUUAUUGUACUUUGAGCAAAAUAUUUGAGGAGCAUUCUUGGUUUUACUCAUCCAGAUUUGAUGAAAUGCUGAGUCAUUUGCUUGGUCUCAAGUUACCUGAUGAUAUCAUGGGUCUAAGAAGUCGCUUUGCAUGUUUGCACACUUUGUUUGUGUACUUAUUAAAGAGUAAUUCAGAGGAGACCCAUGCAAAAGCUUUUCUAAUUCUCAAUGAGAUUAUACUCGCAUUGAAGGAUUCCAAGGAAGACGCAAGAAAAGCAGCUUACGAUGUGCUACUGAAGAUAAGCUGCAGCUUGAAAAGUUUAUCCUCUCCAAAUCUCGAGUCACCUCACGCAAAACUUCUUAAUAUGAUAGCUGGCUAUCUUUCUGGUGCAUCUCCUUCCAUAAUGAGUGGAGCAGUUGCAGCUCUUUCGCUGCUGAUAUACAACGAGAGCGACAUUUGUGCUUCUGCACCUGAAGUAGUUCCAUCUGUUUUAGCUUUGCUGAAAAGCAAAGCCAAGGAAGUUAUAAAAACAGUUCUGGGCUUUGUGAAAGUUCUUGUAUCCACUUUGCAGGCAAGCGACCUGCAAAAUCUUUUACCAGAUAUUGUUCAGGGUAUUCUUCCGUGGUCAUCUGUAUCGAGAAGUCAUUUCAGAGAAAAGGUUACCGUCAUACUGGAAAUCCUUAUUCGGAAAUGCGGUGCUACAUCAGUUGAGAUAGACGUUCCAGAGAAAUAUAUGAAAUAUUUCAAGACCGUCAAGGAGCAACGCCGGGGAAAGAACAGCUCUGACAAAGAUGAGAAUGUUGACAAGGUUGAUAAUCCCGAUUCCUCUACAGCAGGGAGGCAUAAGAGGGUGCACAGAGAGUUAUCUAACACAAGUCAGAACGAGACACCAGCCAAAAAACAUAAAUUCGACACACCCAACAGAAAUAACUCUCACAAAGCUUCUGGUAAAGGAUCCCAGUUUUUCCAGAAAUCUGAUCGCGCACAAUCACAUUCACAGAAGGGUCGAAGACCUGCAUCGACUUCCAAAGCCAAUCAGCACAAGAAAGGAUCAUUUAGGGGACGCCAAAGUGCUAAAUAAUAAGCGAGAAUCAAGAAGCUUCAGUGGCGCCUAUGGCCAUGCAGCCCGGAAUACUUUUGAUAUGGGGAACUCAGUUAAUCAAAAUCCACAAGGUCAUCAACUAAAUAUUUUUCAUCAUAUUGGACUUUUUGGGCAUGGCCCUGCUUUAAGAGAACCUGCUUUGAGGGAAGAUAUGCUGCUCGUUAAGGUAUUAUCUUGUAAAAAGCAAUUUACUUAUUUAACAAAUGGGUUCAGAUGCAUCGGUCUUUCCGAAAGAAAGGCAAUUUUUGUCAUCUUGUUUAUCCUUUCUGUUGAUGUGUUUGUUGGAUCCUUCCCUUUUUAUAUGUUCUUUUUGAGCUUUUGCCAGUUUCUCUUUUGUAUUUCAGUCACACUAAAUACCUUUUCCUUACACCUUACUAAUUACGGGUUAAGCUGUUGAGAUAUAGAGUAGUGGAUUUCUAUUUUUAUCUUGUUGUGUUGCUGUUAUAGUAUGUUCCAAACACUUCAUGUUUGGUGUUUAACACCUCUUUUCUUA